GGCGUGUCCCGGCGGCGAUGGCGUCGCUCUUCGGCGGCGUGGAGGGCGGGGGCACCCACUCCAGGGUGGUGCUGGUCUCCGGAGAUGGCCGGAUCCUGGCCGAGACGGAGGGUCCCUGCACGAACCACUGGCUCAUCGGCUCCGAGAAGUGCGUGGAGAGGAUCGAGCGGAUGGUCAGCGAGGCCAAAAGCAAAGCGGGGGUCGACCCCCACGUCCCCCUCUGCUCGCUGGGGCUGUCCCUGAGCGGGGGCGAGCAGAAGGACGCGGCGGGCACGCUGACGGAGGAGCUGCACCGGCGCUUCCCCCGCCUGAGCCGGCAUUACCACGUCACCACGGACGCCGUCGGGGCCAUGGCUACGGCCACUGACCGUGGCGGCAUCGUCCUGAUUUCGGGUACCGGCUCCAACUGCAAACUCAUCAACCCCGACGGGUCGGAGACGGGCUGCGGCGGCUGGGGACACAUGAUGGGUGACGAAGGCUCCGCGUACUGGAUCGCUCAUCAGGCCGUGAAGAUGGUGUUCGACUGCAUGGACAACCUGGAGGUGCCACCCCACGACGUCGGCUACGUCAAGCUGGCCAUGUUCGACUACUUCCAGAUCUCCGACAGGAUGGGCCUCCUGACGCAUCUCUACCGCACCUUCGAGAAGUCCAAGUUUGCGGGGUUUUGCCAGAAACUAGCGGAGGGCGCCCAGGCUGGUGACCCGCUCUGCUGCCACAUCUUCAACAAAGCCGGCGAGGUCCUGGCUCGCCACGUCGUCGCCGUGCUGCCCAAAAUCGACAGGAGCCUGUUCCUGGGGGAGCUGGGGCUGCCCAUCGUCUGCGUGGGCUCCGUCUGGAAUAGCUGGGAGAGGAUGCAGGCGGGGUUCAUCCAGGUGCUGGCGCGGGCGCGGGAGGAGGCCCCCGGCCGCCCCUUCUCCCGGUUCAGCCUCCUGAAGCUGAAGCGCUCCUCGGCGCUGGGGGGGGCCCGCCUGGGCGCCCGCAGCGUCGGCCAAACUCUGCCCUUGGACUACGCCGGCAACGUGGACGUCUUCUACACCCACGUCUUCUAGCCACGGCCCCCCCCCACCCGUGCUCCCCGCUCCCCGGGGGUGGGGGGACCCUCCGUGCGUGGCAGCGGGGCUGCCGGCAGAGGAGGAUUUUUUUUUUUUUU